AUGGAGGAGGAGGGGAGGAAGAUGAAGAAGGCGGGGGGGCUGAGGAGGUCGAGGAAGGGGUGUAUGAAGGGGAAGGGGGGACCCGAGAACGCGCAGUGCACGUACAGAGGGGUGCGGCAGCGGACGUGGGGAAAGUGGGUGGCGGAGAUACGUGAGCCCAAUCGCGGCGCGCGUUUGUGGCUCGGUACCUACGGCACCGCCGUGGAGGCGGCACGCGCCUACGACGACGCCGCCCGCAGCCUUUACGGUGACUGCGCCAGGCUUAACCUGCCGGAGGAGCAGCCCCCGCCGGGAGAGCCCUCCGCCUCCCAGCCAGAGGAGGCGACGCCGUCGGGGGACCCCCGCGAGGACUUCACCGACGCCGGGCUCUGGGAGGAGCUCAUCGACAACGACGGCUUGGGGUGGGUGGGAAGAAUGUGCAAUGAGGGGGGCCUCCCGCAGGAGAGCGGCGCCCAAUUCAUAGAUUUCGAUGAUCUCCAACUUUCCUGGGAGGCUUGA